AUGCAGGAGCCUACGGGAACCGUGAGCGCCGCUGUCCGAGAGCACCUGCGGCAGUUGUGUCUGCAGGAGUUCCCGUGCGGCACAGGCAGCUGGAAUAAGUCUCGCUUUCUCCCUCAAACUUGGCGAACAUGGCGGGAGCUGGUCCCCAGGGAGGAGGAGACCUUGAGCGCCCUGGAGGAGACGGAGGAUGCCCUGCUGGGCCUGGUCCGCAGUCGCCACUCGCCCUGGGCCCUGCUGACCGACUCCAGUGCAGAGGACCGCUUCCUGAGAGAGUUGGCCAUUCAGAAUCCACUGAUGCUCAAAGAUGCCUUCUUCUACUCCUACUUUCGGUGCCUGCGAGUGGUGGAUAAAGAGGUAAGCUUGGUGGACAAAGACCUUCUGAAGUUUCUGAAGCUAGAAGAGUUGGUUUUGAGUGCCAACCAAAUCAAGGUGGUCGAUGCCAUCAAUCUGCCCCCAACUCUGAAGGUACUGGAACUCUACGGCAACAAGAUCACCAGCAUGGAGUGUCUGUGUGCCCACCCGCCCCCAGGCCUCCAGCACUUGGGCUUGGGCCACAACAAACUUCUGGGCCCCAUGGAGAGCUUGUAUGUGACCGCCAACCACUGGCCCAACCUUGUCUCCCUGGACCUGGGCUUCAACAACCUGACAGACCUGCAGAGCUUGGUGGGGGGCCUGCGUACCCUUCGACAGCUGCGACUACUGAUUCUGCAGGGUAACCCGCUGGCCCUGGUGCCUUACUACCGGGGCCUCACCAUCGACACCCUGUCUCGGCUCUGUGUGCUUGACGACAUCACCGUGUCUCCUAACGAAAAGCAUCAGUUCCAGGGACUCAGCAUCAGUGGGGACCUCUUGGCGCACGAGGCACAUCUUGUGGUAACCAUUGGGAAUGUCAGGGGGGUUUUGGACUCCUCCGUCUUGGACCCAGAACCGGGGCCUGAAGGACCUUUCAUCAAGUACAGCUACUACGUGACCUACGACUUCGUGGAGGAUGAUGAAGGCGAAGGAAGUGAAUAUGUCGGGGUGCUGGCUGAGAUCGUCAAGCCCUCCCCCAGCCCAGAGAUCAUGCCCGAGGAGGAAGAGGACUUUGAAGAGGCGGAGGAGUCUGUGGAAUCGGGCGCCAUGACCGAGUCAGGGGAGCAAGAGGGCUCUGUCUCUGCCGGGGGCUCCGCGGUCCUGCCCAGGUCCGUGGACUCCACCGAGGAGCUGGCCCAGCUGCGGCCUCACAUCGAUCCCCGGCUGUGCCCGUCCCCAGGGACGGUGCUCUUCAGCACAGUCCGUAAGCCCUGGAGCAACAUCAUCACCUGCAACUACGAGAUGCAGCACACACUGCGGGACCUGGUGCCGCUCAAGUCCUUCCUCCUGGCGGGGACGACAGUGACCAUCGUGGAGGAGAAGAUCUUGUCCUGGCCUCUGCCAACACCUGUCGUGGAAAGUUCCUCAACAAUCAAGAAAGGAAAGCUGAAGAAAGACAAAGACAAGAAGGAGAAAGACAACAAGAAGGGCAAAGACAAGAAGGGGGAUGGGGAGAAAGAGGCCAGUAAGGAGCAGAAGGGGCCUAAGAAGAAGGAGGUUCCCAAGGAGCUUCGCCAAGACCCACCCAUCCUAACAGUUCUGGGCAGUGGCCUGGUGGUAUUAGAGCCUCUGCUGGUCGGGGAGCCAUUAGUGUCCACUGUGUGCAACUUCGGGGUGAUCCGCACUGUGGAGUCGGAAAAGCUGACGCUUGCCAGGGAUUCGAAGAACAAGAAGACUAAGAAAACGAUGAAAAAGGAUUCCAAGAAAGCCGACCUGCCAAUCGAGGACCUCGUGCUGGAGCCGCUCACUGUGGAGGUGCAGAUCCAGCUGAGCCAGUUCCGCACCACUGAGGAAGCGCUCAGAGCCUUCUCCAUCUAG